AUUACAAUAUAAAUUGUGUAUUUGAGGCGAUAUUACUGAUAAAUCUACGUUGUCGUGCAGUCUGUCACAGUUUAUGAGCUCGGAAAUCAGUUCAGUGUUUAUUACAUUAAGAGUGUCAUGACAAAGGAAACAUCUCAGCAUGUAGUUUUGAAUUACGGUGGUGUAAUAUGUCAGCAAUGCACUGGGAGGCCCGUCGACGUCAGCAAUUGCUGGAUCGCAGAUUAUCUGAUAGAGUCAAACAGGAUGAGAUGAAAGGAAAAAAUAAAGAGCAGUCAGAGGCACAAAGUGCAUCUGCAGGAUCCGAGUCUCUGGAGGUUGACAAGAAAUGCAUUUGCAAGUGUCAACCUGCCAACGAGGAAACAUGGGCCAAGAGUAACAAAAGAUACUCUUCCCUGCAGUACUCCCAGCAAUGGUGAAGAUGAGGGCAAGAAAGAACUUCAAGACCACUUCAAGAUUCACAAGACCACUGAGCAACUUCACAAAUAAAGAUCUGUAUUUUAAUCAUA